AUGGAAGCUUGCAACUUCACGGGUAGUUCUGUUCAAUACUUCUGGGUUGUUGGCUUUCCCAGUCUUCAGGAUCACCAGUUCCCCUUCUUUUUCGUCUUCUUCAUAUUCUACCUGCUAAUCCUUUCUACUAAUUUUACCGUCAUCAUAGCUGUUGUUACAGAUCCCAGACUCCACAAGCCCAUGUACUUUUUUCUGACCAAUCUUUCUAUUUUAGAUAUUCUGCUCACCACCAUAACCAUUCCCAAAAUGCUGGCCUUGUUCUUAGUCAAUUCUAAGUUUGUCUCCUCCCAGGGAAGUUUCUUGCAGAUGUACUUCUUCCAUGGACUAGUAGUGACCGAAACCUUCCUCUUGCUUGUUAUGUCUUACGACCGCUACGAGGCCAUCUGCAAUCCUUUGCAUUAUGCAGUCCGAAUGACAAAGCAGAAGAACAUACAACUGGCUGCAAGCGCUUGGUUCUUGGCACUGCUGAUCCCAAUCCCAGCUGUUGUCCAAUCGUCCCAGCUGGCAUUUCUCAAAACGCCCAGGGUUCACCACUGCUUUUGUGACCACUUGGCUGUGGUUCAGGCAGCUUGUCAAAAUUCCUCCGCCAGCUUCCAGAGUUUUCUGGGCUUUACAAUUGCCAUGAUUGUCUCCAUUAUCCCACUCUUGCUUGUCUUCAUCUCCUACAUCUGCAUCAUCAUCUCUGUCUUGCAGAUCAGCUCCAGAGAAGGGCGCAGGAAGACCUUUUCAAUUUGCUCCUCCCACCUGAUUGUGGUCAGCACCUACUACGGUUCCAUUGCUCUGGCAUAUCUCUCCUACCGAGCCAAUAUGCCCAGGGACAUCCAUGUGUUGAGCAAUGUGACUUUUGCUAUUUUAACCCCUUUGGUGAAUCCUCUCAUUUAUACUCUAAGAAACAGGGACAUCAAGAGGGCUGUGAAACAGCUUGCAUUCUCAAAAGUCUUCUCAAUACAAAAAGGGAGAACCUGUUUAGACAAAGUAGAGUCAGUAACUUAG